AUGUCCAAUCAACGAACCAAUAUGUUAGAUCCCUCCUGCAGGUCUUCCCAAGAAGAUCUCCACGAUCGCAAUCAAAGUCUUCCUGAUCUGCAAGAACUGGACGACUAUUACUUCAACGAGCUGGAGAACCAGUACAAUUCUAGUGAUGAUUUGAUGGAUAUGGAGCCACCAUCACCUAAUUCUCAAAUGGAUCUUUCCGAAAAUGAAGACACACCAUCACCUAAUUAUCAAAUGGAUGUAUCCGACAACGAAGAUUCCGACCACGAAGAUUCCGACCACGAAGAUUCCGACAACGAAGAUUGUACACCAUCACCUAAUUCUCAAAUGGAUCUAUCUGAAAAUGAAGACCACAUCAUCUCCUCACCGUUAUCUGCUAACAUUCCGACUGGUAAUUCAAAAACUUCAGCUAGUAAGGGAGAUCUCACAAAGAUUUAUCUUUUGGCUUCAGCUCCUGAGACACCUGUCUCAAUAAGUUGCACCGCCACAGAUGGUCGUCCUAUCGCUACCAGAAAGAAGCUUCAAACUAGGCAGUCACAACUUGAUGCGAUUCCUGAGGAAGGCGAAGAAGAUGUUGGAGAUUUUAAUGAUGUUCUCCUGAAAUCUCCUUGUCGAGGACGACUAGAAUCAUCAAACCGGUGGCUUAAGGACUGUUCCUUUAGUUUUGAAAUGAAUACAUGCUUAACCCCAUCUUCUCGGUCUUUAAAGAGAAAUCUAUCUCAAUUACAAGAAACACAUACCAUUUUGAGACGCUCUAAAUGCGAGAAGGAUCAACUGGAACACUUGGAAUCGCCACCUGCCUCUCGAAGACGUCACCACUCACCUGUUUGGUUGCACAUUACCGAAUCAGAAUGUGCGGAACAAGUUGAUCAGGCAGAUUUUAUAGGCGCAAAGACAAAAUCCGAGAAGAAUCAACUUGACCACUCAAACUCGCCAUCCACCUCUCAAUGCUGUCUUCCUCUUGAUUCGCAAAACACUCAAUCAAAAUGUGUGGACAAAGUUUCUCAGUUGGAUUUCACCAGCGCCAAGGAAAUCGUUGAUGAAACCAACUCUGAGGAGAACCAACUUCAAAACUCGGAAAUGCCACCCGUCUCUCAAAUUCGUCAUCACUCACCUGUUCAGUCGGACAAUAGCCAACCUGAACAUGCAGAUCGUUCUGACCAGUCGGAUUCUUCCGGUGCAGCAAAACCUCCCGAUGAAAGUAAAACUGAGAAUACCCGCCUUGAACAUUUAGAAUCGACACGCACCUCUCUAGGAUGGGCUCACUCACCAAUUCAGACGCACGCUACUCACUCAGAACAUGUAGAUCAAUUCAAUUUGUCAGAUUUGAUUGGUGCAGAGACCGUUCAGGAUCCAAUCCAUACACCUGCCGCAAGAAAUCGCACCGCCACAGAUGGUCGUCCUAUUGCUACCAGAAAGAAGCUUCGAACUAGGCAGUCACAGCUUGAUGUGAUUCCCGAGGAAGGCGGAGGAAAUGUUGGAGACUCUAAUGAUGUCAUCCUGAAAUCUCCCCGUCGAGGACAACUAGAAUCGUCAACUCAGUGGCUCAAGGACCAUUCUUUUAGUUUUGAAAUGGAUACACGACCAACCCCAUCUUCUCGGUCUUUAAAGAGAAAUAUAUCUCAAUUACAAGAAACAAAUUCUAUUCUAAGAGGCUCUAAAUCGGCAAAGCAUCAGUUUGAAUCCUUGGAAUUGCCACCCACCUCUCGAAGACGUCAUCACCCACCUGUUCAGUCGCAUAAUUCUCAAUCAGAAUACACCAAUCAAUCUGAUCAGUCAAAUUCUAUUCACGAAGAGAGAGAAGGGCCUCUAGAACGCAGAUGGUCCCAAAAUUUGGGACAGCAUUUUUACGUUUUGAGACGGUCAGACUCUGCCCUACAUCAACCUCAAUAUAAAGAACUUCCAGACACCUCUGAAAAACGUUGCCAAUCACCAGCUGGGGUCAUCACAAAGAGUACAAACGACCUGCUUUCAAUCCAGCAGUCAGGUAUUAUAGACUUGAAACCACUUACUUUGAACCAUGCGGUGUUGGCCACCCAACGGAUAGGUAAUGAUAAUCAACUGAGUGCGAAAAACAAUGAGACGCAACAGUCUGGUUCUCCUAAAUCGAUCACAGAAGAUGAUGAGCAUGAAAGUACAAAAAUUUCUGAUGUCCAGCUUCGCACGAUCAGCUCUACAAUUAUCGGCCAGGACAAGUCAUCGCGGUCAACUUAUCAACAUCUUACCAAAGCAUCACUGCCGGAUUGUACAAAUCCAAUUGCAAGUGAAAAUCCAAUGGUGUCCACGGAAUUACCCUGCAGAACACUACAAGAAGAUAACUUUGGUAGAUUUCGCACUUUUCUAGUCAAGAAAGAUCACAAAAAGUCCAUCGAUGCUUAUGCUGAUAUGGAUAUACUGUGGUGUUUUAUCACAGCUUCUAACUCGGCGAAUUCCAAGUCCGAUAGCUUACGCCACCGCAGUGUCUUACACAGCACCCCACACAGAAACAUCAACCAACUGAAUACCCCGUCAGAGGUCUAUCUGCAUCCGCCAAAGGAAAAUAUGCUCGAACGAGAGGGCCAGGAGCUUGUAUCAGACCAAUCUCAAAUGCUGGAGUCUCUAGGCAAACGAGUCGAUCUGAAUGUCCAAGUCACAUCACCCCAAAAUCAAAGUCCUCCAAAUACCGAGUGGUCAAAUGCGAAUAAAACAACGCCACAUGACGGCCCAAUUGCAUUCAAAUUUGCAGAUGCAGAAGCGGUAGUGAAACUGCUGGUCCCAGUCGCUGAAAAAAGUGGACUUCGAAAGCAAAGUAACUCACCCACUGUAUCUACAGAGACCGAUUUUCUCAUUUCACCUGCUCGCAUGGAAGAAAACACAAUCUCAAGAAAUCAACCAAUGCAUGAUCAUCCUGAGGAUCAAAAUCAUCAACCCAUUGCACAAGAAUGA